AUGCCGAAUGCCAACUACCAAAUGCAAAAUGCUGACCACCAAACAGCAUCCACCAAGAAGUUGGAGACUUUAACAUUAACCACAACUGGUGACAUUGUUAUAUUAUCAUGAAAUAAAUAAAUAAAAUAAAAUUAAAAAAACUAUCUGAAAGAAACUCCUCUCUGAUUAGAAAAGUUUUCAAAAGAUUGAUAUUCCAUCAUGUGUUAAUGAACUUUUCUAUAAGGAACAAGCAUUAAGGAGGAUGUUGCAUAAUAUAUCCACAGGUUUUACUGUACAGUCAUGUAGAUAUGUGAUAUCUGAAACACUUCAUACAAGACUUGAAGUACAGAAACAGAUAUUUUAUCUUGUGGCCUAACCUUGGAUGAAGGGGGUUGGGAACAUGUCUAACACUCAUCUACCCACAUCUUAAUGUCAACAUAAUUGCAAGGAUCCCACAUUUAGUCGAUGAGAACAAAUAUUUUACAUUGUGAUUUCAUUCAGUUCAAAUCCAGUAUGUUGUUGGUGGAACCAAAGAGCUGAAAAGAGCCAUGAGAGAAGAAAGGCCAACCCGAUUGGUCAGUUUACCAAUCAAUCACGAUAUUGAGACAUCGUCACGGAUACUUCACCUCUACCUCGAACUGGAAUCCCACAAUCAUCAUAACGAUAAACACUCACUUACGAGGACCCCUUCAAGAAGCAAAUCAAAAGAACCACGGACCCCUGGAAAAAGUCCAGUUACUCCAAAAGGUCAAUCCCAAUUUGAUAUCGCACUAGCAAACCGCCCGGGAUAUGUCUGUAUUAUCGGGCAGAAAAAUCGGGUCUAUGACGGAAACACAUGGUACAAAAUCAUAUCCUCCGAUAAACCGCAGAAAGUUAUCCAUGAUUUGCAACCGGGAUCCCCGUAUCAGCUGCGACUGUGUUCGGUUUACCUCGUCAGCCAGAUGCUUUCAGCUGAGGUUGCCGUGAAGCAAAAUCUUCGUUCUACGCUCUCGGGAGGAUGUAUUAAUGGUGAUUGGUUCAAACUGGAUAUUAUCGAUUUAUUGGAUAUUACGGAAAUCUUAUGCAGGAAGUAUGAUGUGCUACAGGUCAACGAUAACUCAGAACAUUAUUAGACAUUCAAGACUUCCAAAGGCCCCUUUAAGUUAAUUUCUGUUUACUGGAGAUACAUGUAAAAACAUUCUUGAGGCAGUGCGUCCCAACCAGAAUAUCUUUUUGAGGAAAGGAUUCUGUAGCUCCAGCUUCAGAAGAAAAAGGUUUGAGCCAAGGGAUGUGUUCUGACAAUUUUCAGACAAGGGACCUGCAUAACUUGCAUACUGA